UCUGUGAUACUAAGAGGUUAUAGUUAUGGCUUAUGAUAUAUUUAUGUUUUCAAAUUAUUGUUGAACAUUUUACUUACAUAUAAUUUCCAAUACAUAAAUCUACAGUUUGGCACACAAAUAAAUAAUCAAAAUUAGCACAAUAUAUUGUAUUAGGAAUAAACAAUUUUUGAAGAUGUCUUCAAAUUGUAUAUUCUGCAAAAUAAUUUCAGGAGAAUCUGCUGGAGAAAUACUGCAUCAAGAUGACGAAGUAGUAGUAUUUAAAGACAUAAAACCAGCAUCCAAACAUCACUAUUUGUCUGUACCUAAACAGCAUAUUAUCAAUAUAAACUAUUUAAAAACGUCAGACCAUAAAAACUUACUUAUCAAAUUAAUGGAUAAUGGUAAAAAAGUUUUACGAGAUAACGGUGGCAAUGUUGAUGACAUUCGGUUAGGUUUUCAUUGUCCUCCGUUUAACUCUGUAGCACAUUUACAUCUACAUGUUAUAUCUCCGGCAUCGGAAAUGUCAUUUUUAAGUCAAGUUGUGUUCAAACCCAAUACAUGGUGGUUUCAAUCGGUACACUGUAUAUGAGAACUCCGAAGAAGUCCAUGAAUCAGACAACAUCACGAAGAUGUAAAAAAUCGAAGCAGAUGAGCAGAACUAUUAACACCUUAAGAUGUAGAUUAUACCGAAAGCAGAAACCUCCAGCGUCUUUGUAUUUUUACUUUAGUUUACACACUGAAACUGAUAAAUAAUGUAAUCUUUCCGAAAAAAAAAAAUAUCUUGUAGUCUUGAUGUUCUAACACUUAGAAAAGACGAUCACUUAAAAAUAGCUACGAUAGAAAGAUUUUACCAUUUCUACAAUUUACUUAGUAAUGAUUUUUCAAGUGAUCUCCAUGCAAAUGGAUUAAUAGAAUAAAAUUAUAUAAAUAACACAAAACUUGUAGAAAAAAUGUCAAAAAAUAAUACAUUAAUGCACAUUUAAUAUGUAGUAAUGGGUACUAAGGUAGGUAUUAAAAGGCAUUAUAUGCAAAACAGGGUUUAGUGUACAUAAUCUGGACCAACGGAUUGCUCCUAGUUCAUAACUUUCUAGUAAAUUUAUUUUACAUUCAAAAAUAAUUUAUUUCCUUUUAUGAAACACUUUUUAAAUAAAUAGGCAGGCAGAAAUAAUUGUCAAUUUAUGUCUUACAGUUUCAUUGUUACUAUUAAUAAAAUCUUUUGCACAAUUUGACUAUUUCUAGCUGUACAACUUGCUUUUCCAGCAUAUGUCAUUAAAAUACUCGAUAUCUGAAAAUUUAAAUUUCCCGGUUUCAUAGCAUCAUCUGAUACUCUCCGAUGCUUCAAAUGUUAAUAAAAGUCUGCUGAACUGAUAAACUAGCUUAACGGAUUCUAUCAUCUGAUCUAGCACCUUCUAAUGCUUCAGAUGUUUAUUCAUUACUAAUUUUAUAGUCAUUAUUUUUAUGGUGAAAUCGGUUUUUUGGAUAGUCAGUUAUCUGGUUUCAUAUAAUUCGGAUGUUCAUGAAAUCCAAACCUGUUAUUCGAUUCUUCAAAUAACCGAUUAUUCAAAUAUCCAAUUAUUUGAUAAUCUGUUUAUUCAAGCAUCCAUUCAGAUGGAAAGAAUCCGAUUAUUCAAUAGGAUAUAGUCUUUGUGUUACGUAGUUAUUGACAUUGGUUACAUAUUAGAUACCUACUACAAAAAUUAGCUUGAACUAUUACAAUUUUAUCUGAAAUCAGUUUUUACGGAAUCUGGUCAGCCUGUUUCACUUCUUUUCGGUUUUUUUCAGCACUACUUCUUAUCUUUCCUCUCUCUAACCCUUGAUUUAAUUAAUACAGUGCUAUUAUUACAUAAUUACAAAUUCGGGAUACUAUUACAAAAAUUGUAGUUAUACUUCUGCUUUUUCA